UUAAAUGGUACCUCUGUCACAAAUGGUCCUCUGUCACAAAAGUGAUUUUCCCGAUGUAUCUUUAGCCAGGUAAUACAGGUCAUCGAAGCGUAUAUAAUCCUUCCUCAUCACAAUGCCUUGAGCAUCCCAAGUCUCCAUACACUAUCACCUUCACCCCAUGUUUUCCACAGCUUUCCCCCCUUCGCAGUAUGUUACUCUCAGAUCCACCACCUCACCCCCAGCCUUGCACAAUGCUCGAUAUUCAGGAUGGGUCCAACCCCCAAUACAACUUCCCAGUGUUGCUUUGACUGUUGAUACCUCCUCGCGUCAUCCCCAUGAAGUUACCACCACCAAUGAACUUCAUCCCUAUACAAUCCACCCUUACACGAAUUCCGGAGCGCCAGCAUCCGCUGAUACAAUAGGUCAUGCUGACUCUCAACUCCGCAACGUCUCUCAUUCAUGGACAUGGAACGGUGUUCCUGAGACGCGUACCACAGCUCAACAUGAUACAGAGAAUGCAGGGCUCAUACACGGCCAUUUCACACGACGAAUGAUGCCAUCAAACCUUAACACACAGAAGGCCUUCCCGCAUCCAUUUCUUGCGCCACCAUCUGUAUCAUUAAUAUACGAUCUGCGCCAUCCGCCCACCUCUCUCCGUUUUCCACAAUCAUCUCCAUUUGUGGACUGUGGGUACGAAUCCCUCCGCGUCCCACUUACGCCAGAGAGGCCCAAGCAAAUACGGAUCAUCAACCCAUACUUUCCUUGGGCGUUUGACCUCGGCCCAAGUGCCGGAGAAGAGGCUGUGACGUGUCUCGACGUUCUCUCUAUUCUGCACGCUGCAUUGCAGCGCCCACUCACAGACACCGAGUGGGGUGCUGCUGGAGACGAUAAACGUGCGAGUCUUAUCAGAGCACGCAACCGUCGUCUAAGGAUACAACCUGCAUUGCACAGGAGCUCAAAUCCUGCGGCACACACCAGACCCACAGUAAGCUUUGAGAGACCUGUGCCGCGGCAGCGGGAGCCGCUACUACUCCGUGUUGACUGGCUUGGAUCCAGCGUUGCAUUCAUGGGCUUAGUCAAGGAUGAGGCUUUUGCGAGGAAGAGAUUCGUUCCGGGUGGUAGGAAACACCCUGAGACGUGGAUGGUGAAGUUCCAAAUAUUAUGACUCUGAAGGUCCAGAGAAAAUGUACAAAUAUCUUACUAUUGGCUAUUUUCAUC